CAGUCCAAAGAUGGCGGCCUCCAUCCUGCGGCGCUGUCUGAUUCCCGUACAAACCUUUUCUAAAUGUGUCAGUCACAGAUCAAUCGUCAGAAGAUGUUUGCUGUCGGCAGCAUACACAGACGCGACAUUAUGGGAUCACAGACAGAAAGACCCGCAGAAUAUCGCACAGCUGGCGUCUCUGAUGGACAGAACAUACGAGAGGAAGUUUCCUGUCAGCUCGUUGACGAUGGCCAGGUUCAUAGAUAAUAUCUCUUCAAGAGAAGAAGUUGAUCAAGCAGAAUAUUAUUUAUAUAAGUUUCGUCACAGUCCAAACUGUUGGUAUCUCCGGGACUGGACCAUCCACAGCUGGUUUCGACACUGUCUCAGAUACGGAGCUCGAGAGAAAGCUUUAUACUUCCUGAAGAACAAGGUUCAGUUUGGGAUGUUUCCAGAUGAAUUCACAUUUAAUCUUCUGAUCGACUCUUUUGUAAAGGAUGAAGACUUCAGAGGAGCUUGUUCGGUGGUUGAGGAGGUGAUGCUUCAGGAAUCUUUUGAGAAGAUCUCCACACAGAUUGUGUGUCUGUACGCUCUCAGCAGAUAUCUGAACACCAAACCUGAGCUCAGUUGGCAGAAGGAGAGAAACAUCGGAGCGUCUCUGCUGUUAGCCGGACUGAAGCAGGAGAACUCCGUCGGAUUCAGCGCUCGACUUCUUGGAUGUGCACUGAUCGGGAAAGUGGAGCUGUCGAGAGGAAUUCACUCUGUCUUUCAUCAGAUGCCCUUGAUCUGGACCUCGGGUUAUCUCGGGCGGGCACUCGUCGUCAUGGAGACCGUGUGUUCUGAAGUCACAGAUGUGAAGUUAUCUAAGGAAGUUCUGGAUCAGAUGGAGAAGAUUCUGGAAGAUCUGUCCACAUCUCAUCAGGACUCUUCAGACUCUGAGAGCGACGAUGAGGUUCUGUUCGAUGAGCAUGAUGGAGAGGAGAGAGAGAAACUACCGCAGUACAUCCACAGAUUUAAGGAGUUGAGAAAACAGCUGGAGGUUCAGGACAAGACGGACGAGAGAAGCCUGGAGUCUCUGACCUCCAUCCUGAGCCAGCACACACUGAGCCGCUGUGAGGAAAGUGACAUCAGCGAGUACCGCGCCAGAUUAAUCCACUGGGAGACAGAACGACAGCAGCUGAUUCAGAGAGAGAAAGAGAUGAGACAGAGCGCUGGUGCGGUCCAGUGAAAUCAUCUCUCAUCUUCAUUGUUUGGCUUGUUUAUUGUCAGUGUUUGGCCAGAGUGACAGAAACGUUGUGUGUUCAUAUUAUCUGGAUUCUUUUCAAUGCAUUGUAAAUCUGAACAGUAUAAAUAAACAGAAAACAUA